UUUAGCCGUCUAGCUCCAUUUACCCUUCAUUGAGGACUCGGUCUCAGGCUCCCUCUAGCGUUAGAAAUUAUUUUUUAAACAACGGGGGGAGAUAAGAAGUGGACAGGCUCUUCAGAAACACAGUCUCUGACUGUAACCUCGUCAGCUGCUCUGACCGCACAGUAGCAGAGCGCUGCUCUGGACAGAUUGUUGUGCCUGAGACUGCUGAUUUUUAACAGUGUAGUUUUAGAGUGAUAUCUUUAAAAAGCUGCUAUCAGUGUAAUAUUGUGAAAUGUCACACUCCGAGGAAGAGGGCGCGUGCUCAGAAGAUGCUGCACCUAUAUCCAAGUUAUCAUGGAGUUCCAAAUCUGAGCAGAAAAGAAGGGUACGAGAAUGGCCAUCUUCACAAGUGGCAGCCAAACCUGUUACACUACUAACAUGUGGCCAUGUAAUGCCACAAGAUUACCUCAUCUCAUGGUGCAAGUACUGUAUUAAACAGAAAAGGACUGAAUUCCUGUGCCCCACCUUUGAUGAGGAGAGAAAGAAAACAUGUGGGAAAAGGUUUUCUUAUCACGACUUGUGUCAGUCAGCUUCACUAUCUCCUGAAGAAAAAGAGAAUUUUGAGGAAAGACUUGGUGCACUAACUGCUGCAAAGCUCUGUGAAUAUAAACCUUGUCCAGGGUGUCACUCAUAUGUGGAGAGAGACAAUAAGAAAAAUCUGUGCGUGCGCUGCACCAUCUGCACUGGCAGGGACGGAAGCACCUAUGAGUUCUGCUGGAUUUGCAUGCGGCAGUAGAAGGGGCCCACCGUCAGUGCCCAGAAAUGUGGGAACAGCAGCUGUGGAGACAAAGCAGUUGGUCCACCUGAUCCUCUUAUUUUAUGUCAGCCAGAAUUUAAACAAGAGAAAAUCAGAAAUGAGAAAGAUGAUGUAUACCCAAUGAAAGACAAAUCUAGUGGCAGGAAGCGUCUUGCAUUGCUCAUCAACAACAUUAAAUUUGAAUACUUUAAUGACAGAGCAGGGGCAGAGAUAGAUGAACUAAGCAUUGAGAAGCUUUUUGAAGGCCUGGGCUAUACCCUAGUAACACUUAGGAAUCUGACUGCCCAGGGUAUGGACACUGCCUUGCGAGACUUCUCCCAGCGAGAGGAGCAUAAACAAUCAGACAGCUGUUUUGUGGUGGUAAUGUCCCAUGGAGAUGACACUGGAAUAUGUGGCAUUUCUCAUAUAGAUGAUAAUCACGAGGAUAUCUUCCCUACGGCUAUUAUCUUUGAGCACCUGAACACGCCAAACUGCGCUGGACUACGUGACAAGCCAAAAAUCAUACUUAUCCAGGCAUGUAGAGGAAAGGAAGAUGGAGAAGUGUUUGUAGAAGACAGUGGAAAUCGGAGCAAAGGACAGCACCGGGAGAAAGACUUCUGCUGCAUGAGGUCAUCGACUCCAGAUACUGUGUCAUACAGGAAUCCAGAGACUGGUACCUACUUCAUUCAGAACACUGUGAAAAUAUUCAACCAGCAUGCCCACCAGGAUCAUGUUGAAGAGCUGUUUAGAAAGGUUCUCAAGACAUUUAAAAAGAGCUAUCCCUUUCAAAUGCCAUGCAAAGAGAGAACAACACUGUUAAAGAAAUUUUACCUUUUUCCUGGGCUAUAAGUGAAUGCAUUGUGUGAAAUGUGGCAUUGAUCUUUUUUUGCGUAAUAGUUAAUAAUUUAUAAUGAGCCUUCGCACUCAGCUGACAAUUAUAUAUUAUUAUCUCACAUGUGUGAUAUUUUAGUAAAUGUAUGUAUUAACAAACUGUGGGGAAAGUAUUGGAUACACCAAUUUUGCAAGCCACCAGGGACAAAACUGAAGAGCUGCUCAAGGGUGGGAUGGGCUACAGGACAAUAGACAAGCAGCUUGGUGAGAAGGCAAAAACUGUUGGCACAGAUGUUGGAAAAUGGAAGAAACACAAGAUGACUGUCAGUCUUUCUCGGUCUGGGGCUUCAUGCAGGAUUUAUCCUCAUGGGGUAAGGAUGAUUCUAAGGAAUGUCAGGAAUCAGCCUAGAACUAGGUGGAUCUUGUCAGUGACCUGAAGAGAGCUGGAUUGCAGUCUUAAAGAUUACCAUUAGGAUCUAAAUUCUGCAGGGCUCACAAGGUCCUUCGUGCUCGGACAAAGAAGAAGGCCCCAACCAGGAAGCAUGAGGGUUGAAACAUCAUACUAUGGGGGUGAUUUCUUCAAAGGGGACAGGACAACUGCAUUAUAUUGAAGAGAGGAUGUAUGAGGUCAUGUAUCGUGAGAUUAAGGAUAGGUCGUGGCUGGGUCUUCCAACAUGACAAUGACAUAAAUAGCACAGCCAGGGCAACUAAGGAGUGGCUCCCUAGGUAGCUUUUUAAAAAUCCUAAAGAAGCUCUGUAUGGAGGAGUGGGCCAGGAAACAUAUGACCUCUAUAAUUGCAAAUAUCAAGUUAUUUUUUUCUAUUGUAUCAAAUACUUAUUCUAUGCAAUAAAAUGUUAAUUCAUAAUUUAAAUGUGAUUUUCUGGUGCUGGUGUCUUUGACAAUUUGAAAAAGCAGGUUUUGUAGUUCUAAAGUAUUUUACAAUAAAGGCUUACUUGCAUACAA